CGCCUUCACGGUGGGCGGCAGCAUCAGCGAGGAUAGYCCGAUUAUGUUGAACUUUGCGUUUUCCAGGUCAACAGCGGAAUUGCUUUCGUGCUCGAUCUCUCUCAUAAUUUUCAUGUCCUCGACCUUUUCCUUCUUCAAAACGGGAUCUCUGCUGAAGGUCUUGAGUUUCGAGAAGAAUGUUUCCGGAUCAUUGGUAUGAAUGUGGAUUUUUAGCAUGUUUCCUCCCUCCUUGGCUGGUGCACCGACGCAGACCACAGAAUCACCGAGUGGAUCUUUUUCGCAGCCAUCACAGCUUUCUUUGCAUUCUUCGUUGAUGACCUCCAUCACCUGUUCCUUGGURACCCCUUCCUUGAGCAAUACCACGGCUUCCGUGCAGAACUGGUAUYUGGUGUCGCAGAUGCUGUGGUCGUCGACAAAGCCCUCGAAGCUGGCUUCACCGCUGCGCUUGACGGCCGUUUUGAAGAGAGUCGGAUCGGAGGCCUCGGGCAGUUCCCCCUUCGMGGCCAACCACAUCCCCUCGAUGGUGUACACAAAYCCUUGGGCUCCGCUAUCCACAACGCCCGCUUUCUCCAGUACCUUUACACCGUCCACCACAAGCUGGUCGGGGGUCUUUUGUAGCUCCGAUUGCGCCAGAUUGUUCCAGAUCUCAAGCAGAUCUUUCAGGUUGGCGUAUUUCGGCUCGCAGUCCUCCUCGUUCAUCUUCUGUUCUUCRGCUUCGUCCAUAAGCUUCGAGCACGAGUCCCGGGCUACGGAYAGGAGAGUCCCCUCUACGGGGUUCGGAACGGCUUCGGCCAUUUUUCGUCCCGUGGAAGCGAGGCAGGCGGCGAAUUCGUCGAUCGAGAGGGACUCAUAGAACGUGGCAGCGGGAAAGUCCCKGAUUUCUUCCGCAAGGCUAACGUAGAAGUGGCUCAGAAUCGUCCCCGAAUUUCCCUGGCCGUUCAAGAGCACAUCGGCGGCCAUGUUGGAGGCCACCCUCAGCACGGAGGGGGAGGGGUCCAGCAGCAGGUUUCGGGAGGGGAGCUUGAGGCAGACCUUCAUGUUGGCCCCCGUGUCUCCGUCGGCGAUCGGAAAGACRUUGAUCUUGUUGAGGUAUUCGACGUUUGCGUUGAGUUUGGCAUAUCCGCUGACAAACAUCUGUGCUAGGACAUUCCCGUCCACCCGUGUGAUGCUCUCGGCUUCCGUCAGAUCGGCCAGCACCGGAAUUUUGUCCUCCAGCUUCGUCGUCGGCUUGUUCAAGCCGGCCCUCUUUUGUAUGUAUUCGUCCUGGACUUUUCCGUCCUGGCCAAUGAAGGAAUUUCUUCGGCUGGUGCGCCUCGGAGCAGGKGCCACCGGAAGAUCGCUAGCGAUCUCUCGCUUGCUGGUUUCCCGCUGGAAAAACUGUAGGGAGGCACGGCUUGCACGCCGCACGGCCUUUUCGUCGGCGGGAUUGGCGACGGAAGCGAGGCUCGCAAAUUCUUCGACCAGGCGUUGGUCGUCUUGAUUGAUGAUGCUGUUUCUCUUCAUUAUGGAAGUCAUUGUUGUAUAUUAUUUUGUUUUUUUCUAAUUGUCUGUUUGUUGUAUCUUUGAUGUACGAGUCUUUUUGAAGUUUAUGACC